AUGCUUCCGCCGCUCCCCUCCCCUCUCCCGCGCCUUUCCGCGGUCAUGGUGAGCGCAGAGCUGCAGGCGCAGAGGCCGCUGGUGGAGCGCGCAGUGGUCACGCGCGAGGUGCGCGUGAUGGCGCGCGCCGUGCGCGCCAUGCUGGCACUGCGCAGGCGGCUGACGGGCGGCGUCGUGCGCGCGUUCGUGCGCGCCAACGUGCACAGCGAGGCGGACGCGCACUCCACGCUGCUGGCGCUGCUGGCGCAGGUGGACACGGACGAGGACAUGGAAGGCGGGGCGGACGCCCCCUCGCCCGCACCACCUGCAUCCGCGGAAGGCGCGUCCACGUCGGGGGCGGGGGCGGGGGCGGGGGCGGGGGUGGUGCGGGCGACGUGGCUGGCGGAGGUGGAGAUGUUCUCCUUCCUCACGGCGCUCGUGCUGCUCAUCGACCGCAAGGCCUUCCCCUCGUGCGCCCCGCGCCCCGCCCGUGCUGCCCUCUUGCUGCCCGCUUGCUGCCUGCCGUCUCUCUUGACGCCUCCAUGUCACUCUCAUGCUGCUCUCAUGCUGCUCUCAUGCUGCUCUCAUGCUGCUCUCAUGCUGCUCUCAUGCUGCUCUCAUGCUGCUCUCAUGCUGCUCUCAUGCUGCUCUCAUGCUGCUCUCAUGCUGCUCCAUGCUGCUCUCAUGCUGCUCUCAUGCUGCUCUCAUGCUGCUCUCAUGCUGCUCUCAUGCUGCUCUCAUGCUGCUCUCAUGCUGCUCUCAUGCUGCUCUCAUGCUGCUCUCAUGCUGCUCUCAUGCUGCUCUCAUGCUGCUCUCAUGCUGCUCUCAUGCUGCUCUCAUGCUGCUCUCAUGCUGCUCUCAUGCUGCUCUCAUGCUGCUCUCAUGCUGCUCUCAUGCUGCUCUCAUGCUGCUCUCAUGCUGCUCUCAUGCUGCUCUCAUGCUGCUCUCAUGCUGCUCCCAUGCUGCUCUCAUGCUGCUCCCAUGCUGCUCUCAUGCUGCUCUCAUGCUGCUCUCAUGCUGCUCUCAUGCUGCUCUCAUGCUGCUCUCAUGCUGCUCUCAUGCUGCUCUCAUGCUGCUCUCAUGCUGCUCUCAUGCUGCUCUCAUGCUGCUCUCAUGCUGCUCUCAUGCUGCUCUCAUGCUGCUCUCAUGCUGCUCUCAUGCUGCUCUCAUGCUGCUCCCAUGCUGCUCUCAUGCUGCUCUCAUGCUGCUCUCAUGCUGCUCUCAUGCUGCUCUCAUGCUGCUCUCAUGCUGCUCUCAUGCUGCUCCCAUGCUGCUCUCAUGCUGCUCUCAUGCUGCUCUCAUGCUGCUCUCAUGCUGCUCUCAUGCUGCUCUCAUGCUGCUCUCAUGCUGCUCUCAUGCUGCUCUCAUGCUGCUCUCAUGCUGCUCUCAUGCUGCUCUCAUGCUGCUCUCAUGCUGCUCUCAUGCUGCUCUCAUGCUGCUCUCAUGCUGCUCUCAUGCUGCUCUGCUCUGCUCUGCUCUGCUCUGCUCUGCUCUGCUCUGCUCUGCUCUGCUCUGCUGCCUCAAUCACGCCACCAGAGGUGCCCCUCACCCGUCCAUGCGCCCAUGAGUGCGGCGCCCUCCCCAUGCUGGAUGUCUGCCGCACAUCGCACAUGCCUGUGCUACACUCGUGCUCUUGCGUGUGAGUGUGCGUGGGCAGCGGUGCGGCGUCUGCAGCAGCUGAACCGGCGCACGUUGGACGUGUUGGGGGCGCGCAUCUACUUCUACUUCUCCCUCGCGCACGAGCGCACCAACGCCCUCGCCUCCAUCCGCAGCACGCUGCUGGCGGCGUUUCAGACGGCCACGCUGCGCCACGACGAGAUCGGCCAGGAGAUGCUGUUGAACCUGCUGCUGCGCAACUACCUGGCGUACAACCUGUACGACCAGGCUGACAAGCUGCGCUCCAAGGCCCUCCGCCCCGACUCCCACUCCAACCAGCAGCUGUGCCGGCAGCUGUACUACGCGGGGCGCAUAGCAGCCGUGCAGCUGGAGUACAGCGCCGCCAAGGACUGCCUGCAGCAGGCCACGCGCAAGGCACCGGCGGCGGCACUGGGGUUCCGCGUGGAGUGCACGCGGUGGCACGUGGUGGUGCGGCUGCUGCUGGGGGAGAUCCCCGAGCGCCACCUCUUUGUGGUGCCGCGCAUGCGCUCCGCACUGCUGCCCUUCUUCCAACUCACCAAUGCGGUGCGGGUGGGCGACCUGCAGCUGUUCCACGCGGCGGCCACGCAGCACGCGGCGGUGUUUGCAGCGGGGCACAUGCAGAAGCUCAUCGUGCGCCUGCGCCACAACGUCAUCCGCACCGCGCUGCGCCGCAUCUCCCUCGCCUACUCGCGCAUCUCCCUCGCUGACAUCGCCCUCAAGCUCCACCUCCCCCCGCCCACCGCCGUUGCUGACGCCGAGUGCAUCGUGGCCAAGGCGAUUCGGGACGGGGGCAUAGAGGCGGUGAUAGAGCGGCGGCAGGGGUGCAUGGUGAGCAAGGAGGGCGGCGACGUGUACACCACGCUCGACCCGCAGGCCGCCUUCCACACACGCAUCGCCUACUGCCUCAACCUGCAUAACGAGGCAGUCAAGGCCAUGCAAUUUCCUCCCAGCACUCGUAAGGGCGAGGCGGAUGCAGAGGAGAAGAGGAGAGAGAGGCAACUGGCGGAGCAAGAGUUGGCGCAGCACAUUGCCGAGGAGGGAGACGACGACUUCUGA